AUGCGAUUCGAGGUGCUGACUCUCUGCCCUCGGCGGAGGCGGCCGAGGGCCCCUGGAGGCUGGCGGGAGAAAGGCGAGAGCAGGCUAGACGUCAUCGCGGCGCUGGUGCCCCCAGGAGCGACCACCAAGCGGUCGCCAGUGUCCAGCCCCGGCGUGCGCGCAGCGCUGCUGAGGGCGGCCGCGGCGGCCAAGAUACACGACAUGUGCGAGGAGCGCGGCGCGCCCGCGGCCGCCGGCGGCGGCGCGCCCGGCGAGCAGUCCUCGCGCUACACCUCGAGCCUGCUGAGCCUGCUGCUUCAGCAGUACGGCAAGCGCGGCAGGCCGCCGCCCGCGCUCUGCCCCUGCGUGCCGCAGCCGGGCCGG